AUUAAAAUAAUAACCCAUGCCAGUUCUCGAGAGCAGCAACAGAUUAAGACAGAAACCAAGAAGCCAUUGCAGCAGCAGUAAAAGGAACGGUGAAAGACCUUAGCCCGAUUCAGACAUUAUGGUGUAUGAGUGUACAGAUGUCUGUACACUCAUACGUGUUUGUGUGAAUGACUGUAAAGGUAAAGUUGUGCUGUCGAGUCAGUGUCGACUCCUGGCAACCACAGAGCCAUGUGGUUUUCUCGGUAGAAUACAGGAGAAAUGCCUUCUCCCACGCAGUGUGAGAUGAUGCCUUUCAGCAUCUUCCUAUAUCGCUGCUGCCCGAUAUAGGAGUUUCCCAUAUUCUGGGAAAUAUACCAGCAGGGAUUUGAACCAGCAACCUCUUGCUUGCUCGGCAAGUCAUUUCCCCCGCUGUACCUGUGUUUAUUCUAAAAGGGAACCAGGAUACAGGCCCUUCAAAUGCAUCAUACAGAUAGGAACUGAACUUCUGUACCUGCAUUCAGCAUAACCUGUGAAUGACUAUACCUGUGUACAGACCUGUGCCUGUGUACACUGAACACUUGAACAUCACGUGUGAAGGGGCCUCUUCAAAACAACAAAUUCAACGUCAAGUCAGGCAACUUACAAAGGAAGCAUGAACAGCUGAAAUCCUCAAGGGAGAAGACGGGACUGAGAGGCCUGCAGGAAGAGGCGAAGAUGGAUGGCCGGAAGCCUGGAAGCCCUCAAAAGGCGCCCCAGAAGCUCUCCCUGCUGUCCUCCCCAGUGCGGGCCGUCAUUCGCCUACGGCGGGUGGCCCAUGUCCUGAAAAAAGGCCUCUUGGCCACAGAUUCCCAGGCGAAGCUCCUUCAGCGGCAGAUCUCGUCGGGGAAAGCCCGGGUGGGCAACCCUUCCUCUUCCUUGUUGAGCCAAAGGAACUUUGAGAGUUCUCGGUACUUCACCUUUGACACCUCCGUGCCACAGCCCGUCACCAGAGGCAGCAAGCGGAAGAAGAAGUACCGAAACCCCCGGGUACUGUACCCCUCCGGGAGCUCCAAGAAGUACCUCCCGGCGGAGCACAAGAGCAAAGCCAAACGGUGUCUUCUCCUGCUGGUGGGGAUCGUGUGCUUCCAAAUCCUCAAUGCCAUCGAGAACUUGGACGAUAAUCUCUUGAAAUACGACCUGGACGGCCUGGAGAAAACCAUGCACCGGGAAGUGUUCGGGCAAGCGUUGGCCAUCGAGAGCAUCAUGGGCUUGCUGAAGGACUACCUGGCCACCCACAUGCACAACAAACCUUUGGUGGUGUCUUUUAAUGGGCCGAGCGGAGUUGGGAAGAGCCACGUUGGGUGGCUAUUGGCCAAACACUUCCGGGCGGUCGUGGGCCACGGUUUCGUGCUCCAUUACUUCACGAUGCACCAGUGUCGGGACGAGACUUCCGUGCUGGCGUGCCAGUUAGAUUUAUCCAAGACGAUCAGCGAGAUGGUGGCCCGAGCCGAAAUAGAAGAGAAGAUCCCUUUGUUUAUCUUGGACGAGGUAGAAGUCAUGUCUCCGGCUUUGCUAGAGACCCUGGGCGGGUUCUUCCACACCAACCAAACCAACGAGUUCUUGAACGCCAUCUACGUUCUCAUCAGCAACUUGGGGGGAGACGAGAUCACCAACUUCCUCCUUCAGAACGUCUCCAGCGACGUCUCCCAAGCCAAGCAGAAGAUGGGGCUGUUGCAGACCGCCCUCCGCCCAGUUCUCAACCACCUCCAUCCUCUCUGGGCGCUGGUGGAGGUUGUCCCAUUUGUGCUGCUGGAGAAGAGCCACAUCUUGAGCUGCUUCUACGAGGAGAUGAUGAGCGAGGGCGUGUACCCGGAUCCGAACCACAUAGAGGACUUGGCUGGCCAGCUCAACUAUUACACCAAGGGAGGCCUGCAGUAUGCCGUUGGGGGGUGCAAGCAAGUGGUGGCCAAAGUCAACCUGCUCUAAGGACAGGUGGAAAUCCCAGAGCAAAAUAUUUGGGGGUUUUCUCCCCAUCACGGGGGGUUCCUUGCUCUUACCUGGGGUUACAUUCGUUCCCAAAUGAACGGGGAUGAGUGUGAAUCAAUUAAGACAGCUGACAGCAGCUCUUUCGGCGACGGACCGUUCCUCUGAGAUCUUGUGCAUCGGCAUAUUCUGUCCUGUUGUCUCCAACUUGGCAUCCUAGAAUGUUAGAGUUGAAAGGGACCUUAGAGGUCUUCUAUUCCACCCCUCUGCUCAGUGGCUGAGCGGAGGAUGAACGUCUCUGCCCUCUCUCCACUCAUUGUCUAGACCACACUGCCACGUUUCCCAUCAAUUCUACACUACUUGCUCUGGGCCCCUUACCGAAUAUUGAAUACUGGGGGCUCCCACCAGGAAGAGUCAAGGGUGCAGAGGGUUGGUCUUGAACUGGGGUUACAGAAUCCAUAGGCCAGUCCUUCGGACGGUGAUUCCUGCUUGGCUUGGACUCUUUGCCGGCUUCUGUCUCUCCUGGUCCCCUUGCCUCUCGACUCCUCUUGGACUUACAGCUUCUCUCUUGGAACCUGACUGCCUGGAGCCUAACCCUCUGUGAGGUCUGGCAGCAGCAGAGCAGAGGGAAAGGGCACCUGAUGGGAACACGGGAAGCUGCCUUCGACUGAGUCAGACCCUUGGUCCAGCUAGCUCAGUAUUGUCAACACUGACUGGCAGCAGCUCUCCAAGGUUCCAGGCAGGAGCCUCUCUCCCAGCCCUACCUGGAGAUGCUGCCAGGGAUUGAACCUGGGACCUUCUGCAUGCAAGCAGGCAGAUGCUCUUCCACUGAGCGAUGGCCCCCUCCCUUAAGGCAGGGGUGGGCAAACCUUGCCUUCCAGUCAUUGUAGUUCAACAGCUGAAGACCCAUGGUUUUCACACCCCUGCCCUAAAGAGGAGUUCUUACAGCACUCACACACGGUCUCCCUUCCAAAUGCAAACCUGGCCAGACCCUGCUUAGCAAACGGGACGACACAUGCUUGCUGCCACAAGACCCGUUUGUCCCCUGCGGGCUGUCGCGUGCUCUGCCCACUUCCAGAUGUCGGCCUGGCCUGGCUAGAAUAAUUUCUGCAUCGGGAUUGUGUUUCUCUCCUGCCUGUUUAUCUUCCGCCCUCUGCACCUCCCUCUCUGACUUCCUGGAGCCCUUAUUGGCGUUUCCGGCGUCUUUCCUGCCACUUUCUCACGUCGCUUUUAUCCAUUUUCCUAAACAUGUGGGAUGUAUGCAAACUGGAAAGUCAGAGGGCCAGCAAACGCGGAAACUGCUGAAAAGGACAGAUCUGCAAGGAAGUCGUAGGUAGGACUGUACAUAAUAGCAGAAACAACGAGAGAGAGAUGUUCAUAUUGGGGAAAAUGUAAAUCUUCCAUGAUCCAAAUAAGAAAACUUGAGUUGGACUGAACUGCAACAAAUCGUAAUGUUGGUUUCAAAAGGCUGAAGAUUGUGCUGUGCCUUGGUUGUUCCAGAACAUCGUAAAUAAAAGUUAUUUUCUCAAGAA